AUGGGUGCGGCCAAUCGAGAUGUCGUGUGUGGUUUCAUAUGUCAGGCCCGCGUUUCACCGCAUCCUGAUAUGCUUCAUUGGACUCCAGGUGUGAAUCUAAACGCGACUUCUGACAACAAAGGACAACAAUGGAGAGGCGUUGACGAGGUAUAUGCUCUGUAUAAUUUGUACCUUGCUUCGUAA